AUGUCGAAUUGUUACGGAACACAUCCCGGUGAGGUGCCGUCCUCUUCGAAUUUGAUUGUAAACUAUUUGCCUCAGAAGCUUAGUGAUCAAGAAUUUUACGAUCUUUUCGGUCAGAUCGGCCGCAUCAAAACAUGUAAGAUUGUUCGCAACAAACUGACGGGCUACAGUUAUGGUUUCGGCUUUGUUGACUAUCACGAUCCUGAGGACGCAAAGAAAGCCAUCGGCGUUUAUAAUGGUUUCAAGAUGAACAACAAAACUCUCAAAGUCGCUAUCGCAAAGCCCUCGAACUCGAACCAUUCCAAGAAUACGAAUGUGUACAUUCGAGGCGUACCGAAGAAUUUCGAUCCCGACGAGUUGGAGAACCUUUUCGGCACGUUCGGCCGCCUGGUCCAAUUUCGCGUUCUUCGAGACCUAUCAACGAACGUCAACAAGGGUGUCGCUUUCGCUCUUUACGAUGACAAGGAGAACGCCGACAGAGCCAUCCAAGACAUGGAUGGCAAAACCCUGAACGGUGGAACCGAGCCGCUUCAAGUAAAGAUCGCCGACGAUCAAAUGAAACUGAAAAAGCAUCGCCAGAUGACAAGCUACGAGCAGCAAAUCCGUGCCGGUGGCCCCAUGCACGGACGACCGCCAUACGUCAACAAUUUCCGGCCGAAUCAUAGAUUCAAUCCAAUGAACAAAAACGGUCCCGGCGGUUUCCAGAUUGGCCAGCCCGGUGGCUACGGUCACGGCAGUCAGAACGUCGGUGGCGGCGGGGCCGGCAUUGGCGGCGGCGGUGGCUACGAUCAAGCGCCUGUCGGCCCUCCGAUUCUUUUUGUGUACAACAUUGGAAUGGAAACAGAUGAUCCCUCUUUGGUGCAACUAUUCUCUCAGUACGGCACUGUUGAAAAGGCCGCUGUGGUGCGAGACAAAAUGACAACCAAGUCGAAAGGGUACGGAUUCGUGACGAUGCCAAACUACAACGAGGCGUUAUGGGCCAUCGAUCAGUUGAAUGGUUUCCAAUACGCCGGCAAACCCCUCCAGGUCUCAUUCAAAACGGCCGGCAAGGCUUCAAUGGGACCGAUGGGCUCCGUGGUGCAAUCUUUGGGGCCCACGAAUCCUCUGAUCGACGGAAUGUACGAGCACAACGAAAUGCCUGGAUACGGAGCGCCUUACCACGAAAAUAUCGGAUACGGCAAUCAACAACCGAAUAGCUACGGCAAGCGAACCCUCGCCCCGUUUUACCAAUAG